CAUGUGCUCUGUCUGCUUCCUCUUCCUCCUCUUCAUCUUUUGUCACUCACUCUCCAUAAAACUUUUUCUUUUCUCUGCAUAAUUUUUUUCCCAGGAAUAUUUCUUUACAAAAAAAAAAAAACAUUCAUCCCUAAACAAGAAAAAAGCAUCUCCCUCUUUUGCUUAAAUCACCAAACUCUGAUUCCAUAAGCAUAUCUCCAAAACAAAAAAAGCUCUCUUCUUUAUUUCAACUUUCCCGGGAAAAAUUUCUUGUGUUUACAAAGCAUCAAUCUCUUUCUUUAUUCCUUUUCUUGUUUUCUCUUUACUUUUCCUGAAUUAUAUAUAUAUAUAUAUAUAUAUAUAUAUACAUUUAAAUAAGCACACGAACAAAGAACACAUAAGUUAAUACAAUACUAUUACAAGAAAGAGAGAGAGAGAGUGAGUUUUUAAAAUGGAGACAGAGAAGAAACUCAAGAACAUCGUAACACAACCAAGAAUCUUACGUAUCUCUGUAACUGAUCCUUACGCUACAGAUUCAUCAAGCGACGAAGACGAAGAACAAGGUUUCCAAGCGAAACGGCGUCGUGUCAAGAAGUACGUGAACGAAGUGGUUCUUGAAUCUGUUUCUUCUGAUGAUGAUAAAACGAAGAAGAAGAGAAAGAGGACUGUUUCUACUGCUUCUCCGGCGGUGGCUGUUACUCCGGCGGUGGCUGUUACUCCGGCGGCGAGAAAGUUUCGUGGAGUGAGACAAAGACCGUGGGGGAAAUGGGCGGCGGAGAUUAGAGAUCCGAGUCGACGUGUUCGGGUUUGGUUAGGUACUUUCAACACCGCGGAGGAAGCCGCCGUUGUUUACGAUAACGCAGCUAUUCAGCUACGUGGUCCUGACGCGCUCCUCAACUUCUCUCCUCCUCCUCCUGAAGAAGCUUCGACGGUGGCUGAAGAAACGUCGGGUUCUAUCAGUGGCGACGGAGGAGAAUGUCUUGAUUCGCCUGUGUCUGUUUUACGGUCUCCGUUCUCCGGCGAGUCUACGGCCGUUAAGAAGGAGUUUUCCGGUGUAUCGGCGACGGUUGAGGUGAAAGAUGAGCCGCUGAGUACUCUUUCGGGUACGUUUACGGAUUUUUCUGAGUCUUUGUUCUCAAACGACGACGGUUUUGGUUUUCCGACGCCGAUGACUGAUUCUUACGGCGGAGAUUUAUUCGGGGGUGAUCUUUUCGCGGAUAUGAGUUUCGGAUUCGGGUUUGGAUCCGGGUCAGGGUAUGGGUCUGGAUUCUCUAGCUGGCACGUGGAGGACCAUUUUCAAGAUAUUGGUGAUUUAUUCGGGUCGGAUCCUCUCUUAGCUGUUUAAAUAAAUAACAGACGUUAAAAAAAACACCGGCCGUUAAACGGCGUUUGGUGAAGUUUUUGUUACCGGCGGAAGAUAUAAAAAUAUCGACGAUUUUUUUUUUUUUUUUAUAAUGAGAAUUUGUUAUAUACUAUAUAAAUUCAAAUUUUUAACUUUAAUUAAUGGUGAAUUUUUAAGGUUAAAUAAUAAACGUCUGUGAGUUAA